UUGUACAAAACUUACGGCAUUUUAACAACGAUUCAGUCCGCGUCAGCAGUUGCAUUUUCGUCUUUUGCACUUAUUCAUGGUUCUCAAAUUGCAUUAGCCAAUGUCGGGGGUCCAGACAUGACCAAUCGGUGGUUACUGCUCGGCCGACCGUUCUACCAAGACGAACACACCGAAGGAUUGAUCGUGACAGGUGCAUUGACAGUCCACGUGGUAUCUGGACUAGCCAAGGCAGCGAUUCGACGCUACUGGCGCGGUCAGCAAAAGCAAGACAACGACACCUCCUCUUCCUACUCCAGCAGUAAUAACAGUAACAACAAUGCUGGCGUGUUACUGCCCUAUCACGGAGCUACCGGAUAUUUUUUGGUACCACUGGUGUGGAUCCAUUAUCGUUUGGUACGCGAGCUGCCAAUCAAGGUUUUUGGUGAUUCGUCCAUGGUGGAUGUGGGUAUCGUCGCUUGGGGUUUGCAGAACUGGCCCGUGUUUACAUACGCAGUACAUGGCGCGCUU